UAGGCAACGACGGCGGCAGUGGCGGCCGGUAACGGUGGUGGUGGCGGUGACGGUGGUGGAUGGUGGCGAUCAGCGUGGUGGUGGUUCCCGUAUUCGAGCGAAAGGGAAAAUGCCUGGUCGAGUGACUCUUUUUUUUCCUCCUUUUCCCCCCCGGCUGGCGGCGACCGGCCGAUUUUUGACACGGCCGCCGUCCGAUCGGACUUGCAUUUGUCUCGGAGCGCUCUGUCCGAUCGUCGUCGUCCCCGCGAAAACAACGUUACCCCGUGUGCGAAGCGAACGCGCGAAAAAUCGGCGCGUCCGAAGAUGCGCCACGUGCUGCAUCGUCCCGCCUGACCCGUCCUCCGACCUACGGUCGUCGCGCGCGAAUUCCGUGUGAUUUCGACCGACUCUUUUCUCUCUUCUCUCCUCUCUUUUCCGCUCUCCUGACAGUGUCACGCGAAGACCAGUUUCCGUCCGCGAACUUUUCCUUCCGCCUCUUCGAAAUCUUAAUCGAGGGAAGUGUCGUUCGUCCUGCUCCGUUCUCGAUCGGGAGCUCCGUGCCGAUUCAUUCAUUUCUCCAAUUUGUCGAAGUUUCUCUCCGGUUUUAAUCUCUGCCAUCGGAGAAAGUAUUACGGAUUGCCGGGGCGAAUUGUGUGCUGUGUGGUGGUUCGGAAAUGAAACAUAGGAUUAGACACGACUGAGCAGCUGCAAGAAUGGCGAGGACAUUUUUGUUGAGCUUGGUAGUGGCGUUGCUGCUGGUCUUUGCUGUUACCGAAGCUUCUCGUGGACAGAAUAAUCAGACGGAUGGACAGAAAAUACAGAAUCGUGGUGCCAGGCGAUUUAAUUCUAAAUCGACGACGGAAUCGAGUACUCUUUCUGCAUUAGAAACCAAGUCACCCCGCAAUAAGAGUUCCCGUUCAGAAACAGCUUCCGUCUUAGAAAACCAUGAAACGAAUUUGACGCGAGAAGGUUCGAUUAGAACGCGAUCAAAGUUGAAGCAGUCGCAGGCGGGAGUUGUUUCCGCCACAACAUCACGGACAAGUUCGAGGCAUUUGAACACCAGCGCCGAUAACUCACGAAAUCGUCCAAAGUCGCACGCCACACAGACUCUUAGAGAAGAAAUAACGAGGGAUGCGCACGGCGACAACAAAGAGAACGUGCCUGAGCCGCAAACGCCGAAACGAUUGACAGCUUCCCGAAGAACAUUGGACGUAUCCCCCGUCCGGGUGGACGAUACGAAGUUGGAUCACGAAGCGUUCACGAAGGCACCUGAUCUCUUGAGAUCAAAAACGGGAAGAAAACUUUAUGUUAAUCAUCCGAGAGAAUCAAAAAGAGAAGUAAUCUCAUCUAGAAAACCUUUAGAAAAUGAAAAUGUGGAGAAAGCCGAAAGUCCGACUAGCGAACUGGGAAAGGAACAAUUGGCACGAUUGGAAAUUUCAAAGGCUGAGAACGUUGCCUCGAAAGUGAACGCGAUGAGAAGGAUUGAUACACAAAGCGCGAACAGUUCCAGCAAUCGUAAAGAUGAACCGAAAGAUGUGUUACUAUCCGCUUCCGAGAGCGUAAGAGUGGACAUCCCUUUGAGAGUCGGCGAAAAUGGCGAAGAUUUAACAUUCGCCACUACGAUUUCGUCCGUAUCGUCGAGACAAGCCUCGAGGUCGGUCAAGGAAAAGGUGGAGAGCAACGACAUCGCGAGAUCGAGCGCGAAGAAGAGCAGACAGUCCGAUCGGCCGAACUCUCGCAAUAGGUCCAAAACGAGAGAUCUUAAUCUCGAAACCGCGAAUCCCGGAGGUACCUCACGUCGGGGUUCGUCCAAAUUCGGCGAUACCGCGACUGCGGAGACGAGCGAACGAACGAACAAUUCCAGACACAGAUCUAACGCGAAGAGCUCGAGAGGCCGUUCCGGCAACAGGUCAAAAGAUGCGAGUACGACGGAAGCAAGAAGUAGCGGCAGACAGAGGAAUGCAGAUACCGAUUCUGAGACGAAUGCAAACAGACGGACGGAAACACGACGUAAGGACAGAAUGUCCGAGGGAAAGCGAAGAUCCAAGGAUGGUAGAUCGAAAGCUGCGGAAGUCAAGGUAGACGAACAAGAUAUCAGGACGCAAUCUAGAAGCCGAUCACGUGUAGCUACCAGCAACCUCGACGUUACCACUGUUUAUGUUCCGAAAACGACAAUCUUCGAAUCUACGACCAUUCCCUUUGUGGACAAGGAGAUUACGACUCUCGGUUCUGCGACGAUCAGGCCAUCGACAACCGCUCAAAUAUCCUCUUCAACCGAACGUGUUUCGCGGAACAAGGGAAGAGACAGAGGAGAAAGUUCUCGAGUGAAGAAACCCCCGAAGGAAGAUUUCUUCAAUCACGGUCUGGGUUUUCGUGGUCGAAAGAGUUCGACCGAGAGAUCGCCCCCAAUUGUUGCAGAACCGACCACUACGCCUAAAAGCGAAACGCAGGGUAAUCCUGGAUGGACUCUCAGACGUCGACCUAGUCACGUCAAUCAUGAUGUUUCUUCUUCGACUACAUUCACGCCAAUUAAUCGAGAUCAAACCAACGAGAUUAUCUUGCCCAAUGAUUCACCGAGGAGCACCGAAACGCCGUUAAAUACCGCAAAACCCGGACGAAGAGGCACCAAAAGGCCGAAAGUGAAGGACGAGAGCAAUACCGUAUCGGGCGUCGCAGCGAAAAGCGUAACAAGGGGCAGUACAACCUUCAACAAAUCCGACAGCUUCAGUCUACCCAAGGGAGUAGAACCCGAAAGCGAUAAUUAUCCUCCCGCGUUCCGAGCUAGGUUGUCUCAAUUGAAAAAUUCCAAUUCGAAACUCACCGAAGGAAAAGCUACAACCAAGACCAGCUUGCAGGAACAUCCGAAGGAACGUACAUUCCGUCGGCAUAUACGAUCCAGCACGAAAAUGAUGCAUGUAUCCGAAAAAAACGAAACUGUGGAAAAUGCGUUUGCGACAGACGUAAUCUUGCACGUCUCUCCUCCCACGAACCCCUUAACUUCGAUAUUCGACCCAGAUACGCGACAAGCCACGAAACCAAGCUUGGCGAGUCUAUUCUCCGAAAGAUCUAAGAUGAAACUGGAGUUGGCCAGAAGAUUAAUCAAACCCGAAUUGAACGUUGACGAGAAUGAUUUUGAUGUAACGACGACCGCUUACUCCGAUAAUUCGAAAGCGAAGGAAGUUUCGACGGUCAGCGAAAGCAGGACCAUAGAGAAAACAACAAAAACAACCAGUAAACUCAUCGGCCCUCGUGCCACGCACGAAAGUUCGACUACUGCAAAUGUGCCAAAAGGAAAACCCAGCGUGAGAGGCAGAUGGAAGCUCUUGCAGACUAGAAAAUUACCGAAAGAUCGAAAUGUCGAAGCUCCGUUUAGAUCGGCCACGACCGCCACGAUCAAGAAGGACCGAGUGACUUCUGAAAGAGCAGUCACAUCUUCGUUCGUGGACGAAACGACGACGAGGAGCGUUGCCGAGUUCAACGUUAUACCACGUCUAAUUACGGUUUCGCAUCGUGGCGCCGUUCCCAGAGAAGAAACGACCACGAUAAGAGGCCGAUCCUCGACGAGCACCACGCGGGAGGAGACGUUGGCUAACACGGUGGACGCUAUAGAGGACAACAGCAUCGUUACAACCAUCCAAUCGCUCAAGUUCGAUAAAGCUGAAACGACUACUGCAACGGAAUCUAAAGUUUACCCUACGGAAUUUUUUCAAGAGGUGACCCUACCACCGACCGUCCCCACGCCGGGCAGUAUGCUUUCGACGCCGACGUCAGAAAAACUGUAUCCCGUUUAUAUUCCUGAUGCAAAAGAGUUCGAUUUGUCUGACGAUGAAAAGAAAACGACAACCCCGAGCGACACGAGUAAAAACAGCGUCCGACCUCGUUACACGAAGCAACAGCAACCGGAUAAGGUGGCGGUUUCUAUGGUGACGUCGAGAACCGCCGGGCCCACCAGCAGAUACAUCCGGAAGAAAACCGGCGUCUUCACGCCGUACGACUCCAUUUCCAAGACGUCCAGUACGGAGGUAGCGCCUACGCAGACGAAGCGACGAGAAUUCCGUCCUCGAACGUCGACUUACAGAAGGCAUUCCGAGAUGCCGACGAGCCAGGUGGCGAUCCAGCAGCCACCGACGGUCGAACAGACGACCGCCGGCGUAACCAUCACCCCAAAGCCGACCAAGUUUCACGCUCAACUCGUCACGCCGAGCCCUCGUCCCACGUUCUCCGAACCACUCGUCAGCGUGAGGAUCGACACCUCGAACGACACCACUCCGCGAGCGUCCGGUAUCAUCGGAAAUAGCAACGGUAACAGCGGCAACUCGAACAUCUUCAACCCCACUAAAAGUACGUAUCUCAGCACGAACACCACCACGCUGCUGGAGCAACUGCGGAGCACCGUGGCACCGCUCUUGAACAACUUGGGUGACAGGACUCCUAUCUUCUCCGGAGCCUAUUCUAAUGUAAAUACCGCGAAUUCAGCCCCCAGGAUAACGCCUAAUGGUUCCCCGCCGAGAUUCAGCGCGAGAUACAAGGGAGCAGAAUUGUUCGUAAGAAAACCGUCCAUUGGUCAAGCUGUGGUGCCAUCGAUCACGACAUCGUCGACAACGGCCUCGACACCGAUAGAGAAUUCUGGUUUGGCACCGCCCGUUGACAUCAACAGCCCCGGCGAGCCCAGAUUCGUCACUUUUUAUCAGGCGUUAGAGUCGGCUAGCAUAAGAAACGAGAAUCUGGGUGUGGAUGAUGUGUCCCAGCGGCAAACACUAACUGGCGUGGUAACGAAGGUAGACCCUAACGCUACUGUACCUAACGGCGCCGGUAACGACAUUGCUAACAACAAUGACACCAUCGCAUCAAUCACCGCGACUACUACAUUCUCCCCAGAUACCACUACCGUAGACACUACUACCGCCAUUCAGUCGGCAGACAAUUCGCUCGCUUCGAGAUUAGGUGCGGAGAAUAAUACUGACGGUAGUCCAGAAACCGACACAACUACGAUACAAACCCCCGUAAAUCCGGGCACGAACGAAGGAGAAACGACUCGUGUUCCCAUCUCGGAAUCGCCCGGAACUACUGUCCCCGUUAACACGAUAAUACCACUGUCCGAUACGAAUGUCCCGGGUACUACGGAACCGUUUACCACUACUGAAAUUGCCACGUCGACGAGCGUGGCCGAUGUAACUUUGACGGCACUAUCCUCCACGGAACCGGUAGACACGAGCACGAAUGUAGCGUCACUACCCAUUACCGAAAGGCUAAAUAUGAAUGUACCUAUGCUCGCUUCUCAAAAUCUGCAAACGGCAAAUGAUACAACAUUACCAUCUUCAAUCACCGUAACGCCGGAAGCGACGACUAUGCCCACAAUGAACGACAAGUCCGAGAGCAUCGAGAAUACCGUGCAACCUGAAAAAACAACAAUGAUAACGACUGACGCAGUCGAGGAUAUAGAAACGAAUACCGUACAACAAUCCGACGCAACGGUUCCGUCUCAAACGACGGAAAUCACGAGCACCAUCGAGCCAACUACGACAGAAGAAAUUUCGAACGACAUAAUCGAGGUCCGUGGGACGGUGACACCCGUCUUCACAUCUACGUACCGCACGCGGCUAAUUAAUUAUGCGCAAAACAUUCUAUCGAGUUUAUCAGAAGAGGGUUUCUCCACGGUUAGAACGCCGGUCCAAAGGCCAACCGCCACGACAACCGUCUUUCCCGAGCUGUCUAACGCUAUACCGGAUUCGUCGCCAACGAAUACGGAGAGUCCAACGCAACCGGAAGAAACGACUACCGUGUGGGAAGCUGGAUUGGGAAACGUCGAAUCGACGGUGCCACCAGAUGUAGAAUUGAUACCGAUAAACGGACCAGAAGUGACUACUCGUAACACAACAGGUUUGGACGCUGCUCCUCAGUCUAACGGCCAAGAGACAAACGCACGGAAUACAUUGGACUCAAGUACAACGAGACAGACAUUAUUGAACGUCGUAGAUAAUGAGCUCAACGUAACAUCAGAUCCUGAACCGACGACGACGAUGACGACUCAGAGUACUCGAGCUCUACCGACAGACGAAGAAGUUACCAUCACCACCACGCCAACACCGAUCUCGCGACUCGUCGAUUCCGUUAUGGAGAAUGAUUCUCGGUCGUCUAACGAUACAUUACUCACUGAGUUAAUGACUAUCGCUAAGACUCUCUUCACGGAAGUGAUGAACGACACGCGGCCUGAUGGCACGGUAGGAAACGAUAAUAAAAAUCGAUCCGUGUCGAUCUCGACUGGCACGUUGGAAGCUACCACUACACCUUCCGAAUUUUCGAAACCUUUGGAAAACGUUACCGAAUUUAUAGAUGUCACAACAUCCGUUGUUGAUUUAUCCGAGAACGAAAGAGAGGACAAUUCUACCCGCGGCCCCAUUGUAGACUCGAAAAUUUCGUUAAUGGAAUCAAAUACGCGACCUGCCGACAUUGAUGAUACAAUGGCAACAACAACCGCCCAAGGGACGGCUGGUUCAAGAAUCAUCCAACCCGAACAAACGACCGAAACCAUCAUCACUACCACCAUCACCAUUCCUACCAUCACAGCAUCUUCAACCGCACCAACAACCAAUUCCAAUACAUCCCCCGCACCCUCUACUGACGCGACAACUAUCCCGUCCUCAUCAGUCGAACCGACGGUAGCGACCAUGACAACCAUGACGACGACGAUAUCGACAACGACCUUCCCAACGACGUCCAAAGAGUCCGAGCUCGCCACUACUGUCGGACCGAUGUCCGAAAUGACUGCUACGACUAUCGACAUAAACGAGAACCUCGUCUCUACCGAGACAACGACCGACACCUCGACUACGCGAGGCACAACGGUCGCCUCUACUGAAGUGGAUGAUUUGAACGCGACAUCGAACAAUGGGGAAGCGGUGACGACAACAACAACAACAACAACCAGUGCCACCCCGUCUACAAACAUGUCGACUACCAUACCCACAACAACUACGUCAACUACUGCACGGAUCACUGUGCUAAAUCGAGUAUUACCAUCUCCAGCGUUCACGCCUUUCGAUGUUUCGAACACGGGGACACCUUAUUUGGGACGUUUCGGUGGUAACCAGAUAAUGCCAGACCAGAAACUCAACCCCACCAAGGCACCCAUCCGUGAUUACUUGAUUUAUGGUAUAUAUCCCAACAAAACCAUCGUGAGGAAACGUCCAGAGGACAAUCUAAUUGAUGGCAGGAACGUCAACAGCCCGUAUGUGAUAUUUGGCAUCUAUCCGGACGGCAGACUAGUCCGGAAGUUUCCCAACGGGACGAUAAUACCAGAUUCACCCAGGAAUCCGGUCGAGGUUGUGUUCACACUUAGAACUUCCACUACUACUAACCGACCAGCACCCAGGCCAUAUUACUAUAACCAGGCUAACCAAGCGGGCAUUUAUAACAACCAGUAUCAAGCCCCGGUGUACUAUAAUAACGGUAGACCCCUGGACGAGCUGACGGGAGGUGCCCAGAGCCCCGGACCCCUUGAUUUUGGACUUAUUGGUAAUGCGAUCGGCGUUACUCCUGGAGGCCCCAAUUUCGCGGGACCACUUGGUCCCCCUGCUAGCGUCUCGAACGCAAACAAAAUGAGCGAUAUUUUAUUAAAUACCCAAAUGGGUACGUUGCCGAAUGCACCGUUCGGUAAUCUGCAAACACCAAGUAACGGUCAAGUAGGACCAAUCGGCCCUUCUAUCAUACAGGACUACGAACGAAACGAAGGUUCUCGUACAAGAGUGACGUCUGACCAACGCAGCUCUGUAUAUAUUGGACAGGAUAAAUUUAUUAAUUAUCAGAUUGACGGUGCACCUGUUGUUAAUCCAAAAGUCGUUGAUGUAAGAAUAAAUUCAGUGGCUACCUCUAUGAACGAAGGUACGGCGUCGUCCACGGCGUCGAAUCCGUCCUUUGCAAAUUUGCUGAACAAUCAAUCGGGUGGUGGUGUAAUAACAGCACCUCCCGGUUUUCCUUGGAGAGACCCCCUUGAUCAAAUAUUCGGUAUCACCACCAAUUCACCUAUACAAACAGCAUCUGUGGCAUCAAAUCAACUAGACGACUCGACCGGAAGUAACAUCCCAAUUAUGUCGCGUCCCGUAAAUUCCUUGGUGGAAAUUUUCACGCCAGUCGUAAAUAGUGCAACCCCAACAUCUACUACAACUACAGCUACUACCACACCUACUACUACUGCUAGUACCACCACUCCUACUACUACUACUACUGCUAGUACCACUACCCCUACUACUACUACUACUACUGCUAGUACCACCACUCCUACUACUACUGCUAGUACCACCACCCCUACUACUACUGCUAGUACUACCACUCCUAUUACUACUAGUAGUACCACUACUCCUGCUACUACUAGUACUACUACUAGCACUACUACUACACCGGCACCAACAACUACAUCAUCGACUACUACUGCUGCUACUACCACUACUACAACCACCACGACGACAACUACCACAACAACCACUACUACUUCGACAACAACCCCCGCAACGACACGUCAAACAACAAUAACAGCAACAAGUCCAAGAACAGUCCCAUCAUCUACCGCAUCGACAAUAUCUGCAAACAACGUAUUAAGUAGAUUACAAGCUUCGAAUACGAUGGAGAAUCCUUUUGGUACUACGUUUGGAGAUUUGGCUUUCCUAAAUUCAUUGUUACAGAAUAACGAUGUAAAGACGACCACCACAACAAAAACGCUAAGUGAAGUGGAGCAAUUAUUAGCAAACAGGAUUUUGUCGCUUGCACUGGCUAAUCCUGGACCGACACGGUCGCCAAAAGCAAUUCAAACCGCGAGUGCGAAUGUGAACGCAAUCAAAAAUCAUCCGUCAUCCGGGCCGAUAAUAAUUGACUUGUUACCACUCACGUCACCAUCAAGCAUUAUCAGCAGCACAUCACCUACGAAAAGAUACUCUGAAACAAUUGCUAGCACCACGCCGGUAACUAGGGCACCAGUCGUUAUCACAGCCAAGCCUAAAACUACUGCAAAACCAAAACCCAAAGCCACUACUCCUCGACCGAUCAUAGGAUUUGGCCAAGGUUUAUGGCGAACGUUGCUCAAUAACUUUUUCGAAGCGACCACUGCGGCAAGCGCUACGAAAACCCCAAAAACUCCGAGACAGAAACCAGCGGUUAAGACAACGACUCAAAAGAAUCAUAUAAUAUCCACUAUCAAAUCGCCAACAACGCCGAGAAACAUAGAUAUUUCGGAUAUCCACGUGGCCUCGAGCACAUCGCUUGCGGACGCUAUCAUUUCCGCAUCAACGCCAAGUACGAUUUCAACCACACUUUUAAAUAAUCCGAAUCCUAGAGUGAGAGACGUCUCUACGUCCACGUACUCGCCUGAGGACGACGCGAAAUUCUUGGCUGCGCUUCUACAAGCCGUACAAACGGAAACGAAACCAAGUACUACGACGAAUACAGCACGAUUAAGUGAUGAUGAUGAAGCCUUCUUGAGAGCGAUUUUAAGUAAUCAGGCUACCAUAUCUACUACCACACCAUCAUCUGCUGAAGUGAAUCCUGCUGCUUUGUUAGCUUUACUCUUAAAGCAGCAAGGUAUAGAACCUACGACACCAGCUACGAAUCUUAGGGAACAAUUACAAUUAUCCAGUCUAGGUUUGGUUACUCCAGAAACAACCUCGACAACCACUAAUAGACCAGUUAGCACGGCGCGGCAAGUAGUAAGGCCGAGACCAACUGCGAGACCACCGCCACUAGAGACUACGACAUGGUCUCCAAGUUCCACAUACCCGCCUCCUCUUUUUGGAGGAAGUGGGUCUUCGGCGAAUAGCGGGCUGGCUACCGCUACUAGAGCCAUAGGCAGAUUCCUUGGCGCUGCCAUUUCGGGUGCAGCCCAACAGUUACAAUCUUUUCUAAGAAAUAGUACCAGAAGCGGAGCCGGCUAACAUUAGAAUGGAAAAGGACGAUAUACAUCAAUUUUCGCUCAAUCUGAGAACAAAUGUCAGGAGUGAGAUUGUAAUAAUUAUUAAGUAAUAUUGUGCUCUUGCUAUUGAAAGUGCAUACAAUGGCAACAUGAAAGUCGACAAAACGUUAGAAAAGUUCAAUCAAGACAAUAAUAGAAAGUAAACUUACUCAAUUAUUACAGGUAAUAUCAUGAACAAGUCUUAAAACCACAUUUUUUAAUAUUUCACUUAAAAAACAACGUUUUCUCAGAUCAAACCUAUGAAAUCAAGUCUAUAUAGAAUAAUCAAAUAAUAAGUUCUCAAUAUAAACAGUAUUUAAAUAAUUUUAAAUCGACCGCUACACAAAUCUAAAAUGCACUCAACGUCUUGAUCGAACAUUUCUUAAUCUAAUUCUUAAUCUAAGAAACGAAUAUUUCAUUGUCGUUGUUAAUUAUUACUCAAGUUUUAUAUCGGCAGAAUUCUUAUUUGAAAUUUGAUAAAGUAAAUUGAUCAAAUAUACUAAUUCAAAAAUCACUUUCUAAAAUUCACAAAUAAAAAUUCAUUUUUAAUUCAAAGAAAUUUGAUUCAACAGAAAGCCGAAGAUAUGUUGAACAAAUUUUUCCUUCUCGACAUCUCGUCGAAUAAUUACGACAAGAUGCCCAAUGAUAAUUCACAACGACAGUUUCGAAACAAUCCUAAAACUUUGCAAACAUUUCCAAAGUAAGCCCGUCGAUUUUCCUCCAGGGAAUGUACUUGCGGAGAUGUUUGUAACGAUCGUCAUAAUUAAGGUAAUACAUUAGCGCGAUGAUUUUCAUAUCAUUAAUUGUGCUCUAUCGAUGUGUCUUGCCUCUACCCUUUUUUUCUGUUUUCCUUUCUAAUGUUCAUUCGUAUGAUGAAGUGAUGAAAGUCCUUAGUGGAUCAUUAAUGUUUGAAAACUUUGCAUACCAAUAAAUCUAUGGACACAAGACGGGAUUUAACGUCAUUUGUAACAGGUAAUUUAAACUUUUAACUGUUUAACAGUUAAACUGUAAAAGACGCUGUACAUGUCACCUGCGUGCAAAGUUUUAAAUUAAACAUGUAUAUGUUUCGAUUAAUACUUUUGCAAUUUCAGAAGAGAGCUUUUACUUAUUUCAACAUCUCGCCUCCGCACAUCUGCGUAUCAAUAUACCAUACGCAAAUUGUACAUUAUUAAAAUAAAUUGUUUUUAGAGAAAGAGAGAGAAAGAGCAACGUAAUGGUAAUUUUUAAUGUACAGAGGAGCAUAAACAUAGUAGUAUUUUUUAAUGUAUGUGAAUGUUGAAGCAAUUGAGAAAGAUUGAUAUUGGGACAAAACUGACUUUUAACUUAAGCAAUCUUUUUCUAGACAAUCAAAAGAUUUAAAUGACAUCAUAUAAAUACAGAAAAGAAGAUAUUUUAAAGAUGUUUCUUUAGAGAAUAUUCUUUAAAUGAUCGUUAGAUGUGUCUGCUUGAAAAGAGAAAACUAUUUCUAGAUGUUGGUCUCGUCUUCCCAUUCCGAUAGUCCGCGCGGUGUAAUUUGUAAUUGAUAUAGACAAACCUAUAUAUGUGUAUGUGUAUAUAUAUAUCAAUUCUAUAUUUUUAUAUAGAAUUUCUAUUCAAAAUAAUACAAUUAUUUAGAAGGUGUUUUUAAUGUAAGUAAUUAUUAGAGAUUUUAUUUAAUAAAUUUUUGACUUCUGAUAUUUUUUUUUAUAUUUUUAUAAGCGGUUAAGUCGUUUCUCUAUUUCAUAUAUUUCUUUCUAGAAUGGAGCAAGACUCGUCAAAAUAAUGUACGGGACUAUUUUGUAAUAUUUCAACUAGUAGCCUCAUUAGCACAAAACAAUUGUUAGUAUUCCUUAUAACAUUAUACACUUAUUUGAGUAAUGAGCUCGAUUCAAAAUUAAUCUAUAUUUUUAAUUCAAUUAUUUAACUCAUUAGUAUAUUAUUUUAAAACUGUACGAUAUUACAAUUCGAUGCUGUGUGUUCCGGUAAUUCAAGCGAAUGUUUUCCUGUGCUCUUUGAAAACCGUAAAUUAAUAAAACUAUCAAUUUACGAAACUGUGAAUGCAUGAAUCUGUGCGCGCGCCUGAAGACAGAAAAAAAAUAUUAAAAAAUAAAACUUCUGUAAAGAGAAACAAAAUUGCUUUUGUAUUAGAAUGAACAGAAUUCCUAGAAACAAGUGAUUUCUAGCAAUAAAAUGCAGCGGCGGGUAAUGGAAUACUGCAUAUUAAAAAUGGUUGUGAAGAUAUUAAAAUAAAUAAUUUUAUAUACAUAUAAUUAUCUACUCGUAUCUACUAUAUAUAAUCAAUACAAUUUAUCAAUCGAAACGAUUUUUUUUUUAUAAAAUCUGUUUAAUUGGCUGCAUAAGUAAAAUGCCAUACACCGCGAUAUAGCUUUGACUCAUAAUUUAUUUACUUAUACUACGUACCGAAAGUUCGUAAAAAAAUCAAAUAAUAUUUAGCAGCAAUAAUUAUCUUUUUUUUUUUCAUUUAAGUCACAUAUAUAUAAUUCAGUCCGUUUAUGUUAUGAUAUAGUUACACAUCCAGUGUAAGUCUGUCUGUACAUAUGUAUAAUCGGUUAUUCCUAUAUAUUUUAUACCUAGUAUAUAAUAAACAUAAGUUAUAUUUCCCUAAAUAUUAGUUAACAUUAUGGCGCCAAUUGUAUGACAGUAAAAGUAUCUUGAUAUAGAGAUGAUGCUUUUCUCGCAGCUGCUAUAUUUAUUCAAAAUACGCAUCGAAUAUCUUGUAAUUAUAAUGUACAUUUGCAUAUUAAAUAACGUCUUUCACAUUAAAUGGAGAUAUUACCUUAUCAAUCCACGAUCUAAUUGUGUGUUGCGUAAUUGCAAAAGUAUUUAUUAAAAAAUGUAUAUAUCGAACGUUCUUCAAUCGUGAUAUACUUGCACAUUAAACAACUUCUCCAUAUUAAACGUAUGUUACUUUAUUUACAUUUGAGCGACGGAUACAGAGUAACUUCUAUUGAAUUGCAAUAAUACUAGUUACUAUCAUUACUUGAUAAAAAAUAAACAUUAUAAUCACGAUGACAUAAAUAUCGGUAAUAAGUAAUAUGAUUAAAAAUAUUUAAGAGAAGUAUGACACAAUGCAACGCGUUCUUAACUUCAUUAAGUAUAAGUUGAUUAGCCAAGGCGAUAACAUGUCAAAUCAUACAAAAUAAAUUUUUCACAAAGGAGUAACGGAAAAAGAUCUAUCAGAUCUAGUCCUUCGUAUACAGUUUCUAAAAAAAAAAAAA